AUGCGGUACUGCCGGCAUAUACUCCUCUUCCACCUUCUGGUCACAACGGGCGCCUCAUCCCCAACGGACGACAUGGGACUGGCGGAUGCUCUGGCCCAGGUUGUGGUGGAUUCCGAGAUGGGUCGCUUCAAGACCUUGUACGUUUACACCCAGGUGACUGCUCCGGCGGCGGGCUGGCACCUAGAGAAGCUACUAACCCAGAUACUGGUGCGACUGCCCGCCACCUUGCUGGCUCGUCGGGUGUUCCAUCGUCAGGCCAUGGAAUACAAGCCGUAUGUGCACGGCGUCAUGUUGCUGGUGGACGACUUGCCGGCGCUGGCGGCGAUAUACGGUGGCAUUCGUGCCACCCAGGAUCUAUCGCACACUCUGGUCUACAUGUCCCUGCCGACGGAUCCGUUUGGCAAGGAGGUGGAGCUGGCUCUUCGGCUGCUUUGGCGCCUCAGUGUCCUGAACGUGGGCCUGAUCUUGCGUCCUCCAGGAGGCAGCCAGUUCCUGAUGGUCAGCUACUUUCCCUUCAGCGCUACACACGGCUGUCAGGUGAUAUCCGCUAGCGUGGUGAACCGUUUCCAGGUGGCUGAGGGCAGAUGGUCGUCCGGGGAUUACUUUCCCGUGAAGCUGGGAAACUUCCACGGCUGCCUUCUGACCUGCGCUACUUGGGAGGACAUGCCGUACCUAGUCUGGAGGCCUUCGGACUCCGGCUCCUUUGUGGGCAUAGAGGGAGCCCUGCUUCAGUUCAUGGCGGAUAACUUGAACUUUAGCGUCGGCCUCUACUGGAUGAACAAGGACGAGGUCCUGGCCACCUUCGACGAGUCGGGAAGCAUCUUCGAUGAGAUCUUUGGUCAGCACGCCGACUUCUCGCUGGGCGGCUUUCACUUCAAGCCCAGUGCCGGGGCGGAGAUACCGUACUCCCAGUCCACGUACUACUUCAUGAGCCACAUCAUGCUGGUGACCAAUCUCCAGAGCGCCUACUCCGCCUACGAGAAGCUGGCCUUCCCCUUCAGCCCGCUGCUUUGGCGCGCGGUAGGCGUGGUCCUUAUCCUAGCCAGCUUGCUCCUGAUGGGGUGGCGGUGGUGCCGCCGAAGACAGCUCCCGGAGAACCCCUACUACCAGUUACUGGUGCUGACCAUGGGAGGAAACCUGCCGGACAGACUGCUCCCGCGAAGAAUGCCGGGGCGGGUGGUUCUGAUCACCUGGCUCUUGGCCAGCCUGGUCCUGCGGAGCGGCUACCAGUCGGGCAUGUACCAGCUGCUACGCCAGGACACCCAACGGAAUCCGCCGCAGACGAUAGCUGAGGUUCUGGCGCAGCGCUUUACCAUCCAGCUGGCGGAGGUGAACGAGGCCCGCAUCCUGGCCAGCCUGCCGGAGCUCCGUCCCGAGCAACUGGUGCACCUGGAGGGCAGUGAGCUGCAGUCGAUGCCCGCGUUGGCCCGCCAGAGCGGCUCCUCCCAGCGGCUGGCCAUCCUGACACCCUACGAAUACUUUGGCUACUUUAGGAAGGUGCAUCCUAUGAGCCGGAGACUGCAUCUGGUGCGGGAGCGCAUCUACACCCAGCAGCUGGCCUUCUAUGUACGCCGCCACUCCCACCUGGUCGGCGUUCUCAACAAGCAGAUCCAGCACGCCCAUGCCCACGGUUUCCUUGAGCACUGGACGCGUCAGUACGUCAGUGCCGUGGACGAGGCGGACGAAAGUGUGGCCAGGAUCGCCUCCACCUCGUACAGCACUCUGGACGGCGACCCCAGGCUGUCGGAGGCAGAGGAGCAGCAGGUGGCACCCACCCGGAACAACGUCCUGUCCAUGCGGGAGCUGGCAGCUCUCUUUUGGCUCAUUCUCUGGGCGAAUCUGGGGGCGACAGUAGUCUUUGUCCUGGAGGUCCUGACAGCUAAGGGAUUUUUUAAGCCACUCCCCGGUCGGCCCACUUCCACUCGUCCCCGCUCCCACAGAGGACAUCCAGCGCAGCUGGAGGAUUCAAGGAUUCAAGGAUAG